UUCUGAAGACGUUUCAAAGACCGAGGAGGCGGGGAGACUUCCUUCACCACAUCAGCUGUUUCUCUCGUGAACAUUUGUCACUUUCAAUCACGUCUCCGUCUAAAACGCUAAGCUUUGACAAACUGUAGCUCCAGAGGCGAAACUCUCAAGUGUGUUGUCAUGAAUGUUAAUCAGCACGUUUGUCUCUUAUCGUAGCAUCCGGACACAAAUGAGCGAUGUUCACCAAAACAUGGGCUACUGUCCACAAUUCGAUGCCAUCAAUGACCUGCUGACUGGACGGGAGCACCUGGAGCUGUACGCCCGCCUAAGAGGAGUGCCAGAACACGAGGUCGCCAUGGUGGCAGAGUGGGGGAUCAAGAAGUUGGGGCUGGUCCAAUACGCCAACAAGUCGGCGGGAACGUACAGCGGCGGGAACAAACGCAAACUGUCCACAGCGAUGGCUCUGAUCGGAUGCCCCCCUGUGAUUUUCCUGGUGAGAGAAGCCUUUAUUUUGACGCUCCGAUUCAGGAAGUGCCGUGGAUUUAUCGGGAUUUGAGAGUAAACUUGAUGCUUUUGGGCAUCUUCCUCGUUCUGAGCGAGCUGCAGCGAGGUGACAGAGUACAGGAAAGCCGAUGCCACACAUUAAGAACCAGAGGAAACAGGAUGUGGAUCAAACUCGCAAAUCC